AUGAGAGCGGGGCUUUUCUUCGGCCGUCUCUGCAUUCGGCGCGGAGCAGCUCGACUCUCGACGACACCUUCGCCGCUGCGAUUCCACCGCCUCUCGCAUAUCAAUCACCCUCAAGCUCGAAAUAACCAGUCAAAGGGAUGGGCUCAGUUUCGGAGAAAUGGCCCCGUGCUGGGCACAGUGUUGUUUGCAGCUGCAUUGACUCCCGGCGCGUUCAUGGAGCUUGCCGAGAAAAAUAGCGAGAACAAGACUGGAGAAAUGCAGAUGCUAGAGGCAUCGCGGGAGGAGAUACAAAAGACAGUUUCGGAGAAUGUGCAUGGCGUCUCGCGAGUUGGCCAAGAAGUAUAUGUUUUCUUAUACUGCUACGUCUAUGAGCCUGUUGCAACGGGAAUCCGUUUCUUGCAUUUAGCCGUCAUUUUUCUGCCUGUGAUACUGACUGUGCCUGUGAUAUGGAUUGGCAGGCGCAAUCUCGAACGAAACAAUGAACGCUUAGGAACGUUAUGGUGGAUUGACUUUCUAGUGAGAUCCAUGGAGCGUGCCGGUCCAGCUUUUAUCAAGCUCGGACAAUGGGCCGCGUCGCGAACAGACAUCUUUCCACCUGAAUUAUGUGCUCGAAUGUCCUCUCUUCAUUCGAACGCACCCGCACAUUCUCUCCACGCUACCAAAAGCACAUUGACCAAUGCCUUCAAUGGACUAGCAUUCGAGGAUAUCUUUGAAGAGUUCGAAGAAGAACCGCUUGGAGUUGGGGCUAUUGCGCAAGUCUACAAGGCUAAGCUAAAGCCAAACCUAGCUGCACAGCACGACAGAGACCUGCGAGACAUGCCACAUGAUUUGGCUGCUCGAGUGCGGAAGAAUGUGGACGUGCUGGUUAAAAGCUCGCCUCAGCGAGUGCCUUCAAACCACGUUGCGAUCAAGGUGCUUCACCCCCGAGUGGAGCGGAUUGUUCGUAGAGAUCUCUGCAUCAUGAACUUCUUUGCCCAGUUCAUCAACAUAUUCCCCAACAUGGAAUGGCUAUCUUUACCUGGGGAGGUGCAGCAAUUUGGCGAGAUGAUGAAACUGCAACUUGAUUUGCGAAUUGAAGCGACCAACCUGGCAAUAUUCAGAGAACAUUUCAUGGCCCGGACGACCGCCUGGUUCCCGUAUCCCUACCAAGAAUACACGACGAGAGAGGUUCUCGUAGAGGAAUUUGCGCAGGGCAUUCCCCUCUCGGUCUUCCUCAAUCAAGGCGGAGGCGUUUAUCAAGAAGAGAUUGCAGACGAGGGCCUGGAUGCCUUCCUCCACAUGCUGCUGAUCGAUAACUUUGUACAUGCCGAUCUGCAUCCUGGGAACAUCAUGGUCCGGUUUUACAAGCCUAGCCAACUCGACCUCUCUCUACGAGUACCCAACCGUGCCGUCGAAGAAACCUCUCCUGAUGAAGCAGACGUUAUGGAAGAAGUGCUACGUCGCCUCCGACCUCAUACAGAAGACUCCCAAGCAUGGUCGACAGCCCUGGCUCGGCUGGAGUCCGAGGGGUACCGACCUCAGCUUCUAUUCAUUGACACCGGCCUCGUCACUCAACUCAACGACGUAAACAGACGCAACUUCCUGGAUCUCUUCCGUGCUGUUGCCGAGUUUGACGGAUACAAAGCAGGCCACCUAAUGGUUGAACGGUGUCGACAGCCAGACGCAGUGAUCGACCCGGAAAUAUUCGCACUGAAAAUGCAGCAUCUCGUACUCGGCGUCAAAUCACGAACAUUUGCGCUGGGCAACAUCAAAAUUGGUGACAUACUCUCCCAAGUUCUCCAGAUGGUGCGUGAGCAUCACGUCCGACUAGAAGGCGAUUUUGUCAACGUAGUUAUUUCGAUUCUGCUCCUAGAAGGGAUUGGGAGGAGUCUAGAUCGAAAUCUUGAUCUAUUCAAGAGUGCCCUACCAAUUCUGCGACAACUCGGAUCAGGUUCUACCUUUUUACAGUCGGUUCGACAUGGUGAUACCUCGAUGCUUCGUGUCUGGGUUGGCCUUGAGGCACGCACUUUCUUGCAGGCUAGUGUGGAAAGCGUCGAGAUGUGCGUCAAGUAUGAUAUGCUGGCGCCGAAUAUUUAG